CUAUCUAGUCGCCAUCGUCGAAGGCCAUCCAGAUGCUGAUUUCCGGCGGUGCUGUGUAGAUGCAGGUUUAGUCGGCUGGUCAGUUGGUUGGAUGAAGGUGAUAUGCGCUAAAUUAUGAGUUUGUUGGUAAACUAUAAUUUGUCAACGUGCUGCUAUUAGUAACAUUUUCGUAGUAAAGUUUACCAGAACUCACAGCGCUGUCUGACGGUUGAGCCUUUUCGGCUGGACACUUGCGACCACGCCGGUCGAUUUCAUCAGCAGAAUGCCGGUAUUUGGAUUAUUGGUCACUAUCAGUAUAAUUUUUCUAGCGAUUUUUGGGCACAAGCGGAUACAUGUCAACGCUGCGCCCACAAACUACAUCCGAAACAUUGCCGACCAGUUGACCCUUGAACACAUUCUGAACAACGUCGCGACAGGGUCACCGUCAAAGAAUAAUGCCGCCAUUUCGCCGAUUGGAAGAUUUAUUGAUCAAGAAACGUUCAUGAAAGAAGCCUUCAACCGGAUGCAGUUAAGCGCCAUGAUGAAUGCAUUCGCACCGCCACAACCAAGGAUGCAGCAAGGUCUCGGCAGUGGGACCAGCCAAGGACUUGCACAGCCGCAGAGUAUGAUGAUCAAUCCUAUGCAGUCUGGAUUGGGAUCGAGCUGGAGCUACAAUCCCGGCAUGGGUAUGGGGAUGAACAGUAUGGGCGGACUCGGUGGAUUGGGUUUACUGGGACUGCAGCUGGGAUUUGGAAAAUUAUUGGAAUGAUAUGCUGGCUUGGUCAUUGUGCAUUUUUUUAUUCUGUACACUGCUGGACAAUUAAUUGCUUGACAAUUAUUUCUUUAAACUCAGCAAAAGUGUAUCAUGUGGUAGUACAUUUCUUUAAGGCGGUAAAUUAUGCUCUCAUGUUAAUUUAUGCAAUUAGAAUCCUUUAAAUUUUGGUAAAAUAUGGACAAGACGUAUCUGAGCAUCUCAGUGUAUUAUGAACAACGUUUCAUGAGUUG